CAGUCCGCUGUGUUGAGCCUGCGAGCCAAACUGCUGCCAGACGGAAGAGACGAAGGAGACCCAGUUUGGCACGGCGUUGCUUUGCCCGGCUAAUUUUAUUUUUCACUCAGGAUAAAGUCAAUGUCAAGAAGUUUCCCCCGACAUGCGGACGUGUGCGGUUUGCUUCAGGAGAUCCGACAGAGCCGAGAACAAAUCCUUCCACAGGCUGCCUCUGUACAAGCCGGAGCUGUACAUGGCUUGGCUGCGGGCCAUGCGCUACCGGGACGCGGACGCACCUGUGCGCGUCCUGCGGCGGCGGGACAUCAGGCUGUGUGACGACCACUUCUCCCCGGACGACCUCAUCCAGGGAGCCGAACAUAAAAGCCUGAGAGAGGGGGCUGUCCCGUCCAUCUUCCCGUGGACUCCGGCGGAGCCUGGCGCCCCACUUCAGGACCAGAGGAGAAAAGAUGUGGCUUGCCAAAGCAGUCAGACACAAGACAACUGGACCAUGACAACCUUGGACUUGGAAAGUAAAGAAAAUAAAGGUCAAAAUGGAGUAAUAAGUGACUCGAGGCAGUCUCACGUUUUGAGAUGGGCCGACACGAGCGUUCGAGGAGCUCGGGGGUGUCUCAGCGCCUCGACAAGCGUAGAUGAUGGCCACUACCUGGUGGAUCUGGAGAGCCCGACUCAGCACAUCGUUGAUGAAGAGUGCAUCCUCCAGCUGUUCAGGAGUUGCCUAGAGUGCAACAAACAGUGCACAGUCAGGAAGCGUGUGAGAGGACUGCAGCUCGUGGUGUACCAGGCCUGCUACUACUGUCACUACCGCUGUAAAUGGUCCAGCCAGCCAGAGGGCGAGGACGUCCAGACAUGCAGGAAAGACACAGCACUUGAACGGACAACCCAAAAUGACGUCGCCCAGGCAGGAACCUGAGCUGCUGUGGCGUCGCUGUGUUUCAGCGGAUCGUAAUCUGGACUGAUGUUCCAAGCUCACAGUGGUUGAGGUGGAGCCAAGGCAAAGGGGAAAUAUAAUAGCUUCCUGUUUGAACACCAAGUGGAAUCAAUAGCAGGAACUGCAGCAACGUCAUCACCCUAAUGUGAGCUACCUCCACCAACGGUGUUUCUGUUUUUCCCCUGGAAUGUGUUUGCAGAAAACCUGACAGGAUUUUUGUUCCCGACACUUUUCCACGUCAGUGAUUUCCUGAGUCCAUCCUUGAGCAUCUGAAUUCAAGGCAUGUUUUAAUCAAGUGGGCGUUGUUUUCUGUAGUUUUCUCCUCUCCAACUGAGUAUGUUUUUUUUUUUUUUUAAACAAACUUGCCAGCCACUUGAGAUUGACAUAAAUCUGUAACUAUGGCACACUGACAGUAUUGUGGUGAGAAGGAAGUGAGCCCACACAUUUAAUAGGUGAUGAAGGUCAUGUGUAUUGAUUAGACAAAAUGCACAAGACUGAUCAACAGUGUUUCCUUGGUGUGAUGCUAUCAUUGGUCAAGUAGUGUUACACCACCUGGUCCUCAGCUCUGGCUACAGCUGGGCUGCAUUCACACAGAAUCAGUCCACUGUCUGCCCGCUACGUGAUUGGUCGAUGCAGCAUUUCAGCAGAAGUUGAGUCUGAAUCAACUUUCUUGCUGGACGCCGCCGUGAAACAUCUGUGGCAUGUACUGCCGCAGCCAAAACGCACUAUGAACAUUAAAAUGUACAAGAUUUCUUAUAUUUCUGCUGCAUCCUGUCUGAAUGCAGCCAUAGAAAUACAAUUCAAAGGUAAGGGGCAGUCAUAUGUCUGAUUAUCAUCACCCCCUGGUGACCAGAAAGCACAGAACCAGGAUUGUU